UUGAAUACGUCACGUGACCUUGUUUUCGCUGCGUCUGUGAAUUUUUGUCGGUUUAUUGAUGUUGGAUUUAUUUUCAAGCUCUGGAUUUCGUUAUAAUUUAGAUGCGUGCAAAUCGAGGAACAGGAUGCGAUCUCCCCAAUCUCACCUAGAUUAGUUCAACAACCCAUUUCAGAUAUGAAAACAGUACCACCAAUACAAGUGAGAUCUCCAAGUAGAAGUACAUCUUCUCGGUCAUCAGAAGCAACUCCCACACAUAAGAAUGUGAACGUCAGCGACCUGGUGUCACAGCCUCGCCCCUCUCCAUCUAACAGUGACGAACAUGAUGGUGCUCAGAGACCAGCCUGUCACCAUGUGAACACACAGGAUACUGGCAUUGGACUGCAAGACAUUAGACUAGAUGAUCAUUUCCUGAACCAGUUCGAACCCAGUGUUCAGAGCAAGCUGAAGAUGAUAACAGCCGCACACCAGAAUGCUAAGAAGUACUUGGACAUUACUGUCACUGCACUCAACAACCAGAAACAAUACCUGAAGUAUAUGUCCGAGCAAAACAGAGAGUACCAGGUGAAGCUUGAGAACCUUGAGUCAGAGCUGAGGCGGGAGCAGGCUCUCAAGGACAAGGCAGAGCGUGACAUUGAUAUGUGGAAAGCAGAAUGCAACAAGGCUGAGGCCACCUUCAACAAAGUCAAAUCACGUAAGACACAGAUACAGGCUAGUUUGGCACAAAUGUAUGACAAAUAUGACGUUCUGAUGUCAGAGAAUCAGUCCUUGCGGAGACUAGUAGAAAACCUGUCUUCCAGCGGAGAGGAGAAACGACACAGCGUGAUGCCUGCCCGUAAACCAAAGCAAGGCAUACCAAGACCUGUGCCAGCAGAGGCUAAGAGUGAUACAAUGGUGCGUUUGCCUCCUAUUGCUAAGUCAAGUCAAAGCAGAUAUUUUAACAAGACCAGACGGCCAGGACAGGCGUCCCUGCCACCAAUUGGACAGGGGAGACUCAACCCUCUAAAUGAUACAGAGAAGACUGCAUCUUCUACGUCCCUCCGCCAGUACCGGUCCUCAGUUAGAACACCAACCCCUUGGUAUAAGGGCAGCGACAACAGCAAUAACAGUGGCAUUGGGGAUCGUUGGUACCAAUGAUUUUGAGUGUCAUGUACAAACCUCCGAUAUGACUUAUCAUAACAGCUCUUGGGAUUAUCCAGCUAUGGUAAUGGCAUGGAACAAGUCUUUCAAAUGCCUGUCAUAACCCAACAUAAGGUAACACUAAUUAAUGAGUACCAGAGCAUGUACAUCUUUCUCUUCCCAUUUGGAUACAUGGUGCAUCCAGUUGAUAUUGUUCAUAUCUGUCAACCAAACAAUUAAACAUAGUAGGUAUCUUUCUCUUCCCAUUUGGAUACAUGGUGCAUCCAGUUGAUAUUGUUCAUAUCUGUCAACCAAACAAUUAAACAUAGUAGGUAUCUUUCUCUUCCCAUUUGGAUACAUGGUGCAUCCAGUUGAUAUUGUUCAUAUCUGUCAACCAAACAAUUAAACAUAGUAGGUAUCUUUCUCUUCCCAUUUGGAUACAUGGUGCAUCCAGUUGAUAUUGUUCAUAUCUGUCAACCAAACAAUUAAACAUAGUAGGUAUCUUUCUCUUCCCAUUUGGAUACAUGGUGCAUCCAGUUGAUAUUGUUCAUAUCUUUCAACCAAACAAUUAACCAUAGUAGGUAUCUUUCUCUUCCCAUUUGGAUACAUGGUGCAUCCAGUUGAUAUUGUUCAUAUAUGUCAACCAAACAAUUAUACAUAGUAGGUAUCUUUCUCUUCCCAUUUGGAUACAUGGUGCAUCCAGUUGAUAUUGUUCAUAUCUGUCAACCAAACAAUUAAACAUAGUAGGUAUUAUUCCAAAGAUAGAUAACAAAAUCAGCUCACUUUUUAUUUAGCUUUUCCAAAUACUUGAAUUAAGCUGUUUUCAUGCUUGUUGAGAACUGACUGCAAGAUAUCCGAAGAGUGGAGACUAACAAUUGUUUGCGGAAAACGUUUUGGGAAUGGUUUCUAUCUGUAUUCAAACUAAUGAGGAUAAGGAACCUUGUUAUGUUAUAUGUGCAUUUGAAAAUAGAUGAUAUGGUAUAGAUUA